AUGGUCGUUUACGAACCGCAAUCUAUAACUGAAGCAACAGCGAUCGAACCAAGGCCUCCUCAGCCAGACGGCAAGCUUGAGAAAACAAUUCCAUUGCCUGAUCCCUACCAUAAUAUAACUAAAAAAGCUGCACUGAGGAAAAUCAGAACGCGUUCACGGCAGAAAGCAAAAGAGGCACGGGAAGAAGCGUUGACACGAUUAAAAUCUGCCGUACAGGAAACGGAAAAAGUAGAAAAGACCCAGUCAGAACAGCACCAACUAGCAAAGCCAAAAGAAAAACAGCAUAAUUCAGGAGAUCAUGUCAAACAUAGGAAGAAACGUUCGCACGAUAAAGAUAAAAAGAAGAAUAAAAAAGCUGCAGGACAUUCUACAAGCAAAACAGCUACCAUUCCUCAGCUUGCUGGUACCCAGACUCUAAGCUGGGAAAGCCUCGAUGCUGGCGAACCUCAGAAGGCUAAAAAAUCAAAAAGAAAAGUACACCACAAGGAGAAAAAACCAGCAGUUCCAUCCUCUACCGAACAGAAAAAAGAAGAUGGCAGCUCAGAAGACGAUAAUGACAUGUUGAUGGUAACAGCCGAGGACAAAGGGAUAUCAGAUAGCACCGAAAGUGUGGACCAAAAACAAACGCCUGGCUCUCAAGAACACUUGGCCACCGAUUUAUAA